GUAGGCCAGGAGGGGUAGUGCAAGUUGUCGUAAUGCGCAUGCGUCGACCGCCUGAGUACGCGUAUAUGUCUAAUGAAGUAUACUUUGAAAGGCUACGCGUACUACUGUGCGCACACGUUCGCGUACGCGUAAAAAACCCCCCAAAGCUUCUGGUAUACUUAAAAAAAAUUUUUACCGGUGAAGAAUUGUCAUGAGCACAUUGUCUCAGUACCUGAGAUGUCGUUCUCCUUCUCCUCCUAGUGGAACAACAGAGACUAGCUUUACUUUUCUCUCUCUAUUUUUUUCUACGUGAUGGACGUGUUAAUAACAUUUUCCCGGUUGUAUGUUUGACAUGCAUGAUAUAAUGCAUGUAAAACGACAAAAACAAACAAACAAACAAACAAACAAACAAACUAAAAUCUCCUAAUUCAGAGCAACAGUUGUAGAGCGGGAGGUGAAAACUGCGAACCUGGCAACACGGAGACAGUGGCGACAGUUUGUGGUGAAACAUGUCCUCGCUUUGUAGUCCGUGUACUGUAGACAGACCUCCCAACGAGUUCGCGAGGACAUUUUGGGGUUAUAAAACUACACUGCUUACAUCACUGUAGACGUCCAAGGCACAAAUAGCGCCUUUUUCAUGUCGCUUCCUGAACAAUAAGGCGAACCGCUUUCUCUAUUCAUCACAUUCUCCAGUGACACUGACAGCAGCACAAGCUGCAGAUAUAACAGUGAGCAGUGCUACAGCUAACUUACAUCACUUACAGGAACACAUGGCCCACUAAUAUUACUCUACAAUGACACAUCUGUUAACAUCAGAAAUUCCCAGAGCUCCAGUACUGAAGCGUAAGAGAGUUUCUGGAGAACUUCUAAGGUACAAGAACACACUCCUAGACAUAGCUUUUGCGGUCAUCCAUUUAAAUAAAGAUUUUGUAGGGAUCAGGUGGUAGAGCGGGUUGUCCACUAAUCGUAGGGUUGGCGGAUCGAUUCCCGGCCCACAUGACUCCACAUGACUCCACAUGCCGCAAGACACUGAACCCCAAGUUGCUCCUGAUGGAGCGUGAGACAGUUUUCCUAUCUGUUUAAACAAAUAGGAGGCACAAAGGACACACUGCUACACAGUGCAGAGAUACUGUUUUCACACACACACAGAUACAGUAACAGCAGCCAUGCCUCGCAUCGAGAACGACAUCAAACUCGACUUCAAGGAUGUGCUGCUCCGUCCCAAACGCAGCACGCUCAAGUCCCGUAGUGAGGUGGAUCUGAUGCGCAGCUUUACUUUCCGAAACUCAAAAGGCAGUUACAGAGGUAUUCCCAUCAUUGCUGCUAACAUGGACACGGUUGGAACCUUUGAGAUGGCCGUGGCACUGCAUUCGUUCUCACUUUUCACUGCUGUCCACAAACAUUACUGCGUAGACGACUGGAAAGAGUUUGCAGCGAAGCACCCAGAAUGCCUAGAGAGCGUGGCGGUCAGCACUGGAACAGGCGAGAAUGAUUUCGAGAGGCUCGCUGCUAUUUUGGCGGCUGUGCCUCAGAUACAGUACGUUUGUGUCGACGUAGCGAAUGGAUAUUCGGAGCACUUUGUGCAUUUUGUCAAGGACGUGAGGCAGAAGUUCCCUUCACACACCAUCAUGGCUGGAAACGUGGUCACGGGAGAGAUGGUGGAGGAGCUGAUUCUCGCUGGAGCUGACAUCAUUAAAGUGGGCAUCGGUCCAGGCUCAGUGUGUACAACCCGUAAGAAGACAGGUGUGGGCUACCCUCAGCUGAGUGCUGUAAUUGAGUGUGCUGAUGCUGCACAUGGCCUGGGUGGACACAUCAUCUCUGAUGGAGGAUGUACCUGUCCUGGUGAUGUCUCUAAGGCUUUUGGUGCGGGAGCGGACUUCGUGAUGCUAGGUGGAAUGUUGGCAGGUCACUCUGAGAGUGGGGGUGAGACCAUUGAGAAAAACGGCAAAAAGUACAAACUGUUCUAUGGCAUGAGCUCCGAUACGGCCAUGAAGAAGCACGCAGGAGGAGUAGCAGAGUACAGGGCGUCUGAGGGUAAGACAGUGGAGGUGUCCUAUAAAGGGCCAGUGGAGGUCACUGUGAAGGACGUACUGGGUGGUGUUCGCUCCACUUGCACCUACGUGGGAGCUGCGAAGCUGAAGGAGCUGAGUCGCCGUACCACCUUCAUUAGAGUGACUCAGCAACUCAACACUGUGUUUGGAAACAACGACUAACACAUCGCUGUUGCUCAUGAGUGCUGGUCUUGUCUGACAGAUUUACUGCAUUAGGUCAGAUUCCUGCAAAGGUUUAGAAUUUGCACAUCUUUUCUAGUCAUUCUGUAGUAGUCACCUGACAGUCACACACAAAUGCACACAGUGACAAACCUCACAGCCUUUCCUGCAGCAGUGUUAUGGUUGUGGAUGGCAAGGCUAAGAGAAACUCACCUGCUUAGACUACAUAUAAAGACUUUUAUCAUUUGAACAAUUUUAUCUUUACUAAUAGUGUUUCUUAAAUUUAAUUCUCCAGGAAAUAUUCAAGAUCAUAUAUAAAACCCCAAACUGGACCAAAACUCAGACAGCAAUUGUUGCCAUUCCACUUAGUUUAGUAUAAAUAAUGUCUUAUAAAUAUCCUCUAUGCACUGAUGAAUAAAGCAGACGACUGUCAUCUUGGUACUGCAA